AUGAGCCUGGGCGCCCGCGACAAGGCCAUCAGUACGUUCGCCGAGAACCCCGAUUGCAAGAUCAUGCUCGCGUCUCUCCGCUGUGGUGGCUUGGGUCUCAACCUAACCAUGGCCUCCAAAGUCAUCAUGAUCGAUCCCUGGUGGAACUCGGCCUCCGAACAACAGGCUUUUUGCCGCGUGUUCCGUAUCGGCCAGCGCGAGGAAACUUUCAUGAGCAGGCUUUGCGUCAAGAACACAGUCGACCAGACUCUGAUCAACAUGCAAGAUCGCAAGGACAAGGAGAUUGCUGCGAUCAUGGAGGACGAUGGCAAGACUAUGAAGAAAAUGGAUACACGCACCCUGAUGCGACUGUUCGGUAACUUGGAGGAGGACCCCGAUGGUAGGCCUUUCAUCAUGGUUGACAAUCCAGAUCCACGCGGUGGUUUCCGGGCUGAUCGUGAUGACGAGGGCUAUGCCGACGAUCUCUAG